AUGCCUUCAACCCGCAGCACUCGCCGAACCACACCUCCUCCCCCCGUCCCUCGCGUCUCCAUCCCAACGCAGACCUCCCCCAUCACUUCCCUUACCGAAUACCAGCGCAUAUACCCCAACGACGAUCCCCAGCUCUUCUUCCCUGGCCUCUCUGGUCCAUCCCAACCCGUCUACGGCAAAGUCCACUCUGCUCCCCUAGACGACACCGACCAAACAGUGAUGGACGAUACCACUAGCGACCAGCACGUCCAUCGCCGGCUCCUCCGACAGAUGUCUCGCUGCCCCUCAAUCGGCAUCUUUCCCUACAUGGUUGCACCGAUCAAGCGGACGGCUCGAAUGACCGAAAGGUCCCAUCGAAACAAGCAAGGUGACGAACGGUACACGUUCACAUUUGCCAGUAUGAUGGGUUGGAAGCUGGGGAAGCGGGGAGUGAGGAUUGGUCUAGUGAGAUCAGGGGUCGGGGUUGGCGGGCUCGCGGAGAGCGCCCAUAUCUGGGUGUGCGCUCUGGUCGACAGGGAGGGAGAGAAGAAGGACUUGAUUGUCAACGACGAGUCUGGAGAGUCGACCGUGGCGGCUCGGAAUCCGAUCAUGCGGAAUGACAUUGUCGGCGGCGUGCGGACGGUCAUCGAUCUGCUCGCCACGGAGUAUAGAAUCAAGUUGGGAAAUGUAUGGUGGGGAGGGCGCAAGAGCGAUGUGGGGUUGAGGGGUCGGGACAAUGUUUGCCUGGAAUCUGCCAUGCGAUUUCUCGAGCGCUUCUGUGCGGAGGUGGAGGAGAAGGAGGGGGAGGUAUCGGUGGAGAUGCUGCAGAGGUAUAAGCUGCAGCUGGUAUAA